GCUGGGGAGUGGGGCGAGGCAGCCUGUGUUUCUGGCGGGGGGAGUCCCUCCCCAGGAACUUGCGACCGGGCACUGUUCCUGACUCCUUCCACCCCGAUUCCCAGUCCUUAAGAACUACUCUGAGGGAGCUACUGGGAUUACUGGGAGGGGGGCGGGGGGCGGGACCCAGUCCCAGCAGGGUAGGUUUGGGAGUCUUGCGUUGCAGCCCCAAGUUUGGGCGAAAAAGGGGGCGGCGUUUGUCAGAAGACUGCAGGGGCGCGGUAGUUGCGGGAUGAGCCCCGCCCCACCUCCUGGCCACACCAGCUCCCGGCAUGGUGCGUGAGGUUCUUGCGGUUGGGUCCUAGCCCUAGUCUACCCCACCGACAAGAAGCUUGUGAGCCAGGAGGGCAGGAAGUGACAAAAGCCCAGGCCUCUCUGGCCGCGGGAGAAAGAGCUCCCGUGGAGAGCAGGGAGCUGUCCCUCGGGAACAGAAUUCAGCAUGCCAUAGCUGACAGAAGAGAGGCUUCCCUCCCAGGGUGGCAUCUGUGUCCUGGCCCUGCCAAGUCAUCUUUCUUUUCUUCCUCCCCCAUCCUAUCGCCGAAGCGGGCUCUGCAUGCUCCCUUUCAUGCCAGGCCUUUCCAACUUGUUUUCAGCAGGAUUCAAGGACUCUGUUCUCCACCCACGUGCUGCCGGGUUUGCCUUGUGGUGGGUGCCCUUGGAUCUCCACAGCCUUCUGCUCUGGAGGGUGCUGGGAGCCCUGUUCCUGGCCAUCGGCUUCUGGGCUUGGGGCGAGAAGGGCGUUCUCUCCAACAUCUCGGCGCUGACAGAUCUAGGAGGUCUAGACCCUGUGUGGCUGUUUGUGGUGGUUGGGGGUGUCAUGUCGGUGCUGGGCUUCGCUGGCUGCAUUGGUGCCCUCCGGGAAAACACCUUCCUGCUCAAGUUUUUCUCUGUGUUCCUCGGCCUCAUCUUCUUCCUGGAGCUGGCAACAGGGAUCCUGGCCUUUGUCUUCAAGGACUGGAUUCGAGACCAACUCAAUCUCUUCAUCAACAGCAAUGUCAAAGCCUACCGGGAUGAUAUUGACCUUCAGAACCUUAUCGACUUUGCUCAGGAAUACUGGUCUUGCUGUGGCGCCCGAGGGCCCAAUGACUGGAACCUCAAUAUCUACUUCAAUUGCACUGACUUGAACCCGAGCCGCGAGCGCUGUGGGGUGCCCUUUUCCUGCUGUGUUAGGGACCCUGCGGAAGAUGUCCUCAACACCCAGUGUGGCUAUGACAUCCGACUCAAACUGGAGCUUGAACAGCAGGGCUCCAUCUACACCAAAGGCUGUGUGGGCCAGUUUGAGAAGUGGCUGCAAGACAACCUGAUUGUGGUGGCCGGGGUCUUGGUGGGCAUUGCCCUCCUCCAGAUAUUCGGCAUCUGCUUGGCCCAGAACCUCGUGAGUGACAUCAAGGCAGUGAAGGCCAACUGGAUCAGCCAUGGUGGUGGCUACAAACUACUCAAUAAACGACACUUUGAAAAACAGUGGCUUAUACUCACCAUCUUCGAAGGCUCUGUUGGCAGCGCCGCCUCAGAGCUCUCCAGGGAGGGCCCCGGCCUGCACCCAACCGCCUAGCAAGGUCUCACAGGUCCGGGUGACUUACGCACCUGAGAUAGCCUUUUACGUGGGUGUCUGGCCUUAAAGGCCACAUCUCCUGCUUCUCCUGCAGAAUGACUGUGUGGCCACACCAGCUUCUCAGUGUCAGCGUCAUCUUCAGCAGAACAUAGAGACACCUCAGCCGGCCUGUUCUGUGUGCCUGACCCCCAGCAUCUGGGAGGUGACCUUUCCAACCCCUGUGGAUUACUCCUGGAAAACACCUCAGGGAUUCUGUGUUUCAGCCUCAAGAAAGGCAAAAGGAUCUGAAGAGCGGGGUGCUGGAGUUCACCCCUGAGAGGGGGUCGCUGGUGGAUCCUAGUUGUGCUGGGCACUGAGGUGGGUGGCAGGAGGUCCAGGAGAGGGCUGAGUGGUGGGAGGAGGGCAAGAAGAUCGUGCAAAGGGCGUGCCCGGAAGCCCAUGACUUGGCUUCUAUGAGGGUGAAGUGCAUCUAUUUUGGGGUCCACCAGCUGUUGGUUUAAAAACCUUCUCCAUGACCUGCAGUGGUGCCUUGAGGCCACCAGAGGGCACAUCAACACCACAGUCUCUGCAUCUGGCUUUCCUCACACCCUCACCUCAGUACCUACCCUGCUUACACUGAGUGGCGUGCAAACUUGUAAAGAAGCAAACCAGCUCAGGCUUAGGCGAUCUGGCUGCCCAGAGGGCUGGUAUGUGUGAAAUGACCCUUCUCUCCCCUUUCCCUGUGCUGGGUCAAAGGUCGCACGCAGCUCUGGUGCCCUCUGUUCCCUCGGUGAGUUACAGUGAGUGUAACAGAGGAGUGGGACCUGAUCUGCCUGGGUCUUGAUUAGCACUGGAGACCAGACAGAGGGAGACAGAGGUUCUGUGAUGAUGAGGUAUCUAUGUGCAGUCUGGAUGAUGAUAAUGACCGCUUGGGAGUACAGGGGAAUACAGUGGGAACUGUGUCGAGACAGGUCCUCACCCACAGCUGCUGACUGCUGUUCAGUUGUAGCAAAUUGCUGUGGUGUGUGGAUGCAGGGCUGACAGCAGAAAUCUCAGAGAAGCUGGGAAUCGGCGGCUCUUUUAAAAUAGCCAGAUUUUAACUCAAACCUGCAGGCGUCACCCAGAGCCCAGCCUCAGCUCCUGUGUCAGCAUCACGCACAGUGGCCCUGACUACUAAGCCCUGUGAGGGUGCUGGGAGCUGCAGCCAGGGAGGCUGACCAGGCAGUGUGUCCCUGGUUGCCUUGUCCCCUGGCAUGGGCUGCACAGAGCUCUUGAUGGCACCGGCUGUGGUGGUGUGUACACGGCAAUAAAUACAGCUCAAAAAGCAUUGUUUCUCUCA